UGCAACAUUAGAAGCGUGUGUGUCUCAAAGCUUCUCUUUCGCAGUUUCUCUCUCUUCUUCUUUCUUCUUCACUUUCUCUUUAUUCCUCCUUAGAUCCUCAGUUCCCAAUCGAGAGCUUUCGUUUCCAAUCACUGCAACUCGGAUCUGUUACCUACUUCUUAAUUACGGUCUGAACUGAGAUGGCUGGAGGUGUUAUUCGGCAGUUAUUGAGGAGGAAACUCCAGUCUUGUUCUUCUAGUUCUUUCACGUCACCCGUUAUCUCAAAGAAUGAUGGUGCCAACUCUACUGGCAGUAACUCCUUACGAGCAUUUGCAUUAGUAGGAGCUGGUGUCACGGGGAUUUUAAGUUUUUCAACAACAGCAUUAGCUGAUGAAGCCGAGCAUGGCCUGGCAUGUCCCAGCUAUCCAUGGCCUCACAAGGGCAUUCUCAGUUCAUAUGAUCAUGCUUCGAUUCGUCGUGGUCAUCAAGUUUAUCAAGAAGUCUGUGCUUCAUGUCAUUCCAUGUCUUUGAUAUCAUACCGUGAUUUGGUUGGUGUCGCUUAUACAGAAGAAGAAGUAAAGGCUAUGGCAGCGGAGAUUGAGGUGGUUGAUGGCCCUAAUGAUGAGGGUGAGAUGUUUACACGCCCUGGUAAACUCAGUGACCGCUUUCCUCAGCCAUAUGCAAAUGAAGCCGCUGCUAGGUUUGCUAACGGUGGAGCCUAUCCUCCAGAUCUUAGUCUCAUCACCAAAGCUCGACACAAUGGUCAGAACUAUGUGUUUUCACUUUUAACCGGAUAUCGUGACCCUCCUGCUGGCGUUUCGAUUAGAGAAGGACUGCACUAUAAUCCUUACUUUCCCGGCGGGGCCAUUGCUAUGCCUAAAAUGCUUAAUGAUGGUGCUGUUGAAUAUGAAGAUGGCACCCCUGCUACAGAAUCUCAGAUGGGUAAAGAUAUUGUGUCAUUCCUGACCUGGGCAGCCGAACCAGAGAUGGAGGAAAGAAAACUGAUGGGAUUUAAAUGGAUAUUUGUUCUAUCACUUGCAUUACUUCAAGCCGCCUAUUACCGCCGCCUGCGGUGGUCCGUUCUAAAGUCUCGCAAGCUGGUUCUUGAUGUUGUCAACUAGCUGCUUUAAAGUUUCAUUUUUCACUUCAGGAAAGAUUAUUGUUGGCAAUAAUUGUCAAUGCUUAAGUUGUCUCGUCAUGUCAAAUUCGUUGGAGUAACAAAAAGCAUGUUCUAUUUUUGUUUGAGAUAGAAAUAAAGCUCCUCUAUGUACGUGAGAUAUAGUUACUUUCAUUUUUUUUUCUCCCUUCUCUGACCUGUGUAUUGUUACAUUGUCCAGGGACCCCUAAACUUCUAUUUUUUUUUUCUUCUCAACCUGGUAAUUGACCUGUGAUUGGGGUUCAUUUUGGUUCAUUUUUACUUCAUUGCAAUGUUAUGAUACUUGUGGUUCAGUAUUUAAGGGCACGUUUGUUUAGCAA